AUGGGGAAAAGUGGGAAGCUUCAAGCCUUCCUGAUCUUCUUCCAAGCCAAUAACCAAGAAUAUGUUGAGUACAGUCCAUCAAUGGAGAAAAAGAAGAAAAUAGUGUGGCAGCUAGAUCAGGAGCAAAUCAUCUCUGGAAGCAAGAACCAUGUGAGGACUUUCAAGGCAAUGCAGAAAAACUCCCCUUUACUCCAAAAUGCCAACUACAAAAUCUUGACUGGAACCCCUCCCCAGGAAAAGAAACUGCUGACGGUGGGGAUUUCCUUCGUGCAGCAUCCUCACGAAAGCUGCCUCUUGCACACCCUGCAGUCCCUGUUCCAGGCAUCCUCAGAACCUGAGCUGAGUUAUAUCAUGGUGCUGGUCCACCUGUUAAAUCCUGAUCCUGAGUGGCUCAGCCAAACAGUUGCCAAUAUUUCAAGCCUCUUCAAACCACAUAUUGAGACCCAGAAGCUGCUUGUGAUCCAAGGUCUCCUCAAUGGCUCUUCUCUCCCCAGAGAUGUGAAUGACACCCAUCACUCCUCAUCCUGUAAAGCACUUUAUUCCAGGCAGAAAACAGAUUAUGGCCUCCUCAUGAACUUUGCUAGUAACCUCUCCGAUUACUUUCUGAUGAUAGGAGAUAAUGUUCACUGUACCCAAAAAUUUGUUUCUACAAUCUAUUGGACAUUGGAAGCCUGGAAAGAAAUACCUUGGAUGAUCCUGGAGUUCUCCAGCCUGAGCUUCUCUGGGAAAGUUUUCCACACGAGGGACCUCUCCCGCCUGACCUCGUUCUUCUUCCUCUUCCAGGACACUCCUACUGACUUGCUUCUCUCUGAAUUCUGCUUUCUUUUGGCCCAAAAUGUUCCAAUUCGUUUCAGUCCCACCAUCUUUCACCACAUGAGCAAUUGUAUGUUUGAAAAUGCAUGCUUUCCUGUGGAGAAGGAAAAGGUCUUUGGUGAACCAGACAACCCCACUGCCAGUGUCCUUACUGACAUGAUGACAGUAUUGACUUUUUUCCCACAAUAUGCUUAUACUCUGAAUGAGGAUUACUAUGCUACCUUGGAUCCUGUAAGAGGAAACCACUUGACAGUGAUUUUGGAGAAGCCACAAAAAGUCAUCCGGGUGGAGGUCCUGACAGGCUCUGCUGGAGAAGGGAGGUACAGAGUUCAGCAGGGGCAAGUAGAGUUGGGCUAUGAUCUCAUGGAGGAACCCAAAGACUGUACUCACUACACCCUACUAGGGCCACUGGUGAGAGGGCAUUUGGACCAGAGGGUAUUCUAUGAAGAAGAUGCUGUAAAGGAGUUGAGCUGUAUACGACUCCUGGUGUUAGCACCUCAAGAGUCUUUGCUCCUGAUCAGGCAGAUCCGAGUCUGGACUGAGCCUGAGGAAGAACAGAAUUAG